GGUGAUGAUAAAUGAUGUACAGAAACUGAUAGAUGAAAACCCUGUCGAUGAUGGAAAAAGCCGACAGAAAUCGUUGUCUUCCUUUGAUUACACAAAGUACCACUCAAUGGAUGAGAUAUACAAAUGGAUGGAUCAAAUAAAGGACACACACAAAGAUCUCGUAACAUUACAAUAUCUUGGAGCGACCUAUGAGACAAGACCAAUGUACUAUUUAAAAAUUGGUCUGCCAUCCGAUAGAAAGAAGAAAAUCAUUUGGAUGGACUGCGGAAUUCAUGCUCGCGAAUGGAUUUCGGUGGCAUUUUGUCAAUGGUUCAUUAAAGAAAUUCUUGAAAAUUACAACAGCAACCCUGUGAUCCACAAAGCGCUUACACACAUAGAUUUCUAUAUUCUGCCUGUCCUAAAUAUUGAUGGAUUUAUUUAUUCCUGGACUACGGAUCGUCUCUGGAGAAAAUCGCGCUCACCACAUAACAAUGAAACUUGCUACGGGGUUGAUCUCAAUAGAAACUUUGACGCAAAGUGGUGCACAAUUGGUGCAUCCAAUGUUUGUAGCGCCAUUACAUACUGUGGACCUGGCCCCACCUCAGAACCGGAGGUCCAAGCUGUUUCACAGCUGCUGAACAGUCUUAAAUCUGAUAUCUUAUGUUUCCUGACAAUGCACUCAUACAGCCAACUCAUUCUGCUUCCCUACGGCUACACUACUAAUACUUCUGCCAACCAUGAUGAAAUGAUGGCCGUGGGGCUGAAUGCCGCUACCGAAAUAGCGAAGCUAUAUGGUACACAAUAUGAAGUUGGAUCAUCAUCUAGUAUACUGUAUAGCAGUUCUGGCUCCUCACGGGAUUGGGCUGCCGAUCUGGGAAUUGAUUUCGUUUACACGUUUGAGCUUAGAGAUAAUGGUACAUAUGGAUUUAUACUUCCUGAAGAGCAGAUCAAACCUACAUGUGAGGAGACCACAGCUGGGAUUUUGUCCAUUGUCGACUACAUCAAUGAAAAACAUUUUCCCAAUGCAGCAAAUAUGUUGUCCAGCACUUUGUGCUUUUAUUUAAGCUUCGCAAUUAUCAUCGGCACAUAUUCAUUACUUUAAUAACAGUACUAAGAACUCAUAUGUGGAUUAUACUGUUUGUAGUUACCGGCUAAAC